AAUAAGCUGCCUGCCGUCUUUGUUGCAAUUUCUUCAGCUUUAUGCUGUUUUCACUUGCUUUGACAGCAAGGCACGCAUAUAUAUUUUACUCAAAACCAGCCUGACAACUUUCAGAAAGGGAAAGGAGAGACAAAUGUUUUUCAUAAAAUGAAAGCAAAACCUUUGGUUUUACCAGAGCUGUCGUCCAAAGCUCACCAAUAAUGGAUAAGUCCAGCAAAAACCCAGAAGAGGACAGAGUAUCCCUCCAGAGCGACGGAAAGGUCCAAACAAAUGGGGUGGUGAAAGAGGCUCUGGGCAUGCUCCAAUCGUUCAAACAGAGCAUGAGGCGGCCUACAGAAAAGAGUCCCUGUUUGCCCAAGAGCAAGGAUUCAAAGGUCAGAGAAAAGGCACAAGCCAAUGGGUCAGAGUCAGUCUCUUCUCCACCACAACCCUCACCCAGUCUUAGUGCUGGCUCUCCAGCUACAUCCCCCUUGAAGAACAUUGGGGGCUUCUUUCAGAAAAAGGAUGAAGAUCACACCGACAUCACAUUGCACAAACACAAGUCUCUGGCUCGCUCAAAGACAGAUCCCAACAUGUCCAAGUUGAGUGACUCCCUUAUCAAGAAAGGAGCCUCCUUACGUAGAAGCCUGAGAUUUAGCUCCAAGAAGGGCAACGAUAAAGGAGCCAUACAGGAAUCAAUUUUCUCUGAGGCUUUGCCAGAAAUUGAGGACAAAGAACCAGAGAAGGAGCAGGAGUUGGUGGAGAUUGACGAGUUGUACACGCUACCUGAAAUACCUCACACACCAUUGUCAGUUAUGCAGAUCAACAAGCUGAUAGAGAUGGAGGUGCUGGAGGAGGCUCAUCUAAACCUAAUUGCGAUGCGACUGGAGUUUCAGAAGGAGCACAAGCAAUUUUUUGAUGACUCUCCUAUGGAACUGGCAAAGAAAGAAAAAGACCUGAUCCUCCUCUAUAGAGACCUUAGGAAAAAGAUUUGCACCAUAGUCUGUGAUUCCAACUCACUUCCUGCCAGGAAUAAGGCACUACUGGUUCACGUGGCUCGCAUCAUCCAGGAGGAGGAUAAGAGGGCUGAGGAACCAGGAGGGCUACCAGACAGCUGGUUGGAGGCCUGGAAGGAGGCAGUGUCUGAAGGUGUGCAGGUCAAGGUAAAUAGUGUUCAUCUGGACAGGAAGGAACAGAAUGUGUCUUGGUUGGCGGUUCAUCUUGGACUCCUGGGAAAAACCAUUGUAGAGGAUUUGGAGAAUGUGAAGCAGGAUCUACGUUGGUCCUACCCACCCAGCUUUAAGGUCUUCAGCAUCUACGUGAAGAGCUACCACAGAAAUGUCGGCCAGCACUUGAAGAAGCUGGAGCCAGAGGUGACUGAUCGGAAGGAUCUGUAUGCUCUGCUGGACUGGAUCCUCAACAGAUACAAAAGUGAGAAGAUCAUGGGAAGUUUCUGCUUGCAGCCAGACAUGGCAGAGGAAAGUGCUGAUCUACAACUAGAGGAAAGCUUUGCUAAGCAGCUUUUAGAGAAGUACUGCUCCAAAGUAAAGGAGGACAUGAGUGCUGCUCUGGACAGACUGAUCGAACUUGAAUAUGAGACUGUUUGGAAAGACAAGAGGGAGCCUCAGAAGGAAGACAACAUUCUUAUCUCUCCAUUUCCUAUGGACAUCUGGACUAAUGUACAGGCAAACGUGGUCAACACCCAAAAACUGGACCCUGAACUGGUGAAGAAAGUGAUCGCUUCCAGCCUUGAGGGGUUGAAGAGCUUUCCCAGGAGGUUUGAAACACAGUUCAGGAGUCACUGCAGCGCCCUCCAGCCGCAGCCUCUGUGGAAAGAGUAUCAGAUUACCUACAUUAACAGCUUUGCUGCUUUACAGCAACACAUGGAAGGGUACCGGGAAAGCUGUCCAAAUGAGCUGGAAGGGUUCAAAAGAGAGGUGAAAGGGCUGAUUGUCAGGCUAAUGGAAAGUCUGGAGGAGCAGUUUAAAGAUGAUGUUAAGGCCUUCCUCAGGAGGAUGAUGACAAGGAAGUGGCUGACCAACGAGGAUGACUUCAAACACCUCUACAACCAGAUAAUGCUUCUCUCCCAGCACUGUGUCUCCAUGACGCCUCCAUAUGUACAGGAGUUUGCAAGCCGAUUGCAUUACCAUGUGGCCAAGGAAUACAUUGGGCAGCUGAUGAAGAAUAACUACUCGUGCAAGAACCGGAAGCACCAGAAGGCUGCAACCAAGAUCCAUCAACAGUGGAACAAGCUCAGUUGUCUGUUUGAUGAGAUGAUGUCUUCUCAUGAGUGGCUCCACCAUGUAGGAGAUUAUCUGAGCAACAUCAUUGGAGAAAAUAACAAGACAGAUAUCAAGAACCAUCUGCACCCUCUAGUGAAGCAUUACCCAGAUUUCAGCAGGAAACAUCUGGUUGCAGUUCUUUACUUCAGGGGCCUUCAAAGGGGUCGCGAGCACCACCUAAUCCUCCAGCAAUUCACCACCCUUAAAAAGGAAGUGUGCAGCAGCAGCACUGACAGCAGACAGGUUUUUUUUGAGGACAUGCAGGUCACAACCAACACUAGCUUCCUGUCCAAACUGCCUUUCUGCAGAUGAAAUGUCGUGUACAAGUUCAAAAUGUGGACCUGUCACAGAAAAUGCAAUGUUGCACUUUUUCACUUAGGUUAUGUGAUUUUGAAUCAGACCAGCCUGACUGUAUUAUAAGUGACUUGUGUCUGUAUUUGUCCAACAUAACUGAUAUCUUGCUCCUCUGCCUCACAGAGUUCAUUCAUUGUUCAAUAACAAACUUGUAAACAGUCAUUUUCAGUGUGGUGACAAUGCCUAGAGAUUCACUAAAGCACAACAUUUGAAUUUUGUUUCACAUGCUAUACAACUAGACUGUAGCUUUGUGUCUCUAACAUAAUUGAAGAAAAAAUUUUCAUUUCCACUUAAUAAGAUAUACAAUAAGAAUGAAUCCAUAUUAAAUAAAAAUUAUUUCAAAAAUAUAUUGAGAAUACAGGAGAUUUCAUGCAUUGUGGAAAAGCAUCCAGUAACACCAGACCAUUCAGGCAUGAAGGUCUCAGCUGGACCAAGGAACUGGACUGAACAGAUUAUGUACAAUUUAACUAGAACUUUUAAAGCGUAAUGUAAUGUAUAUAUUUCUUCCCACCUGUUUAUGUCUUAUUUGAAUUCUUUCAAUUAUGCUAUUUGUUUGUGUUUUGUGUUUAGGUGUCAAACAUAAGAUCUUGGGAGUGUUUUAUUCUGGGGUAUUUAUCUGUUUCUAAUCAGUAACAGUUAUUAUCUGCUGUAGGUUCUUUUGAAAAACAUUAAAUUGGUAAAUGGACCUAA